AUGGUGGACCUCAAAAAUAUUGAUGGCAACCAAAUUGUGUCCAACAAGGGCUACUGGUAUAAAAUAUCUCUUGCCGAUGGAAGCGAGCUUGGCCUCGGCGACAUCUACCAAGGGAACUAUCCUAGCGGGAAGCCGCCCCCGAAUGGGAGAACUCUGGUCAAGGUCGUGCCCGCAGGACAAGGAAUGGUCUUUGCCUACCAACGAUUCGACGGCGACAACAGGUCGAAUCAAGGCUGGCCAAUCGGAGACAAGGGCUAUCUUCGAGGCCUUCAAGUCACUCCUGAGGGAGGCGAAAUCGUCAAAAACAUAAGCUUGUCUUGGGAACCGGCCAAGCUUUGUUUGUACGACGACAAUACGAACUAUGGUAUUGUGGCAGAGCAACUUCCAGGCAACAGGGCUGCACUGUACGCUUACGACCAGGACGGGACUGUUUGCGGGCUAAGGGUUGUACCAGGGGGUAACGUCAUCGCCCACAAAAGCACUCAUGCACUCGCUCUUGAUUGUCAGAUAGUGAAGGUUGGAACAAAUAGGUCUACUGGUGCAUGGUAA